AUUCUAGGUACUCUGUGUGUACUAUUUGCAUUUCCAUUUAUAUUCUCUCAUUGUGUUGGAUGUGAAACUUCUCACCAAUGGGCACAAUUAAUCUAUUAUGCAGCCUUCGUCAUCAUCUUUCAGUUUGGUUGGGCUGCAGUGCAAAUAUCACAUUUAUCAUUAGUUCCAGAACUUACGCCUACCGAGCAUGAAAGAACAGAACUCAUAGCAAUUAGAUACAGUUUUACUGUACUCUCAAAUGUCUUUGUUUACUGCAUAACAUGGGCAGUGUUGCACAUGACAAAUACUGAAGAAUCCAGCUCUCAAAUUGGUCCUAACGAUGCAAAAAAAUUUCAGGAAGUUGUUUUUAUUGGAAUAGGCAUAGGAAGUGUAACAACUAUUUUAUUUCAUGUCGUUGUUAAAGAAAAUCUUAUUAACAACUCUAAUGGUCUCUUAGGCAGAAAUUCAAGAACAGUAUCAACAUUGUUGAAAGAUGUUCAAUUAUACAAAGCAGCUUGUGUAUAUAUGUUUACUCGUUUAUUUGUAAAUUUAUCACAAAUUUAUAUUCCUUUAUACUUGCACGUAUCAUUAAAUAUGCCAGCAAUAUCUUUGGCUAUAAUUCCCUUAAUAAUCUAUUUGAGUAGUUUUAUGAUGUCCUUUGUUGUAGAAAGAUUAAAUGCAAAAUUAGGUAGAAAAAACUCAUAUUGUUUUGGUGUUUCAUUGGGUAUAUGUGCUUGUAUUUGGAUACAAUUUGGUGCUGGCUUAUCAUUUACGAAAUACCAGAUCUAUCCAGUAUCAUUAAUAUUAGGAUUUGCUGAAUCCAUUAUGUUAGUGACUAGUCUUGGUAUUACAGCAGAUUUCAUAGGUCAAAAUGUGGAUAGUGGCGCAUUUGUGUACGGUAUCAUGAGUUUCACAGAUAAACUUUCUAACGGUUUAGCAGUUAUACUUAUUCAAUAUCUAAGCGGAUGGGUUAGUAGCAACUAUUACUACAGAGACGUGUUAGUUUAUGUUUGUGGUGGUUCGGCAAUACUUGGCUUGUUAAUGAUGUUGUUUAUUAAACCAUUUCAUCAGAGAGGUAUAUAU